AUGGGGUCUGCACGGGGUGAACAUGAGCCUUUAUUACCUUCAUAUUCUCCUUCUGUAGCCCGUACACUGCUUUUUGGUCAAGGAACAGAUUUACCAUGGCCUGCUACCUUUGAAGAAGGCGUUGAUGCACGCAUGGCGUCACCAAUGUCCGUGACUUUAACUCCACGUCGUCUUCAUUCAAUUACUAGCAGUCCGUAUAAUGAGAGACAGAGGUUUUUUCAACAGCAACAGCAACGAGAAGGACUGUGGUCUCCAACCAGGACGAACAGCGGUGUGAUCUCUAUUCAAGGCACCAGCAGCUUCAAGGAUGCUGUGUUCAAUGCUAUUAAUGUACUUUUAGGCGUGGGUGUACUUUCGAGUCCCUUCUCACUGCGUUCGAGUGGAUGGCUCAUUGGUAUGCCGCUUCUUCUCUUUUUUACUUUUGUGACAAAUCACACGGCCAAACUGUUAGGCAAGUGUCUGGAUUACCAGGAAGGUAUGACAACGUAUCCAGACAUUGGAGAGGCAGCUUUUGGCACUAGAGGACGAGUGAUCAUUGGAAUCACGUUCUUUGCUGAGCUUUUUACGGCUUGUGCCAUGUUCUUUGUCCUCAUUGGCGAUACAUUAGCGGCCUUAAUUCCGUCGUUUACAGAGACGCAGUUGACGGUCAUGGCAUUUUUGCUUAUCAUGCCGUCUAUCUGGACGACACGCAUGUCGAAGUUGUCGGUUUUCAGCAUUUUGGGCAUUUUUUCGUCGUUCUUCUGCCUCUAUACAAUUUUUUACGUCGGGUUUGCGAUUGACACUAAGGUGCCUGGGUACGAAAUGGGCAGUUUGUUGCAUCCACAGCCUCUGCAAGUGAUUGGUGACAUGGACCGCAUUCCGCUGGCAAUUGGACUCACGAUGGUAGCGUUUGGUGGUCACUCGGUCUUUCCAUCCAUUUGUAGCUCCAUGGCAAAUAAGAAGGACUAUCCGCGCGUGCUUGACCUAUCGUACUUGAUCGUGGGGCUAGUGUAUGUUGCGAUCGAGCUAGCUGGCUACCUCAUGUACGGCGUUGCUACUCAGAAGGAGAUUACACUCAACCUUAUUGCGACGUAUCCAGGAAUACUCACGCAGAUGGUGGUCUGGACAAUUGCGCUCAACCCUAUGAGUAAGAUCGCGAUCACGCUUCAUCCCAUUGCGCUGGCGUUGGAAGAAAUUGUGCUUUCGCCGAAACAGAAGCGCGCUGCUGCUCAAAACAAACCAGACAAGGCGCUGGUAUAUUACCGAGCUUUUAUCCGCACGAUGCUUGGCUUGGGUGCGUUGUGCUGUGCGACUUUUGUGCCCCACUUUGCUCGUGUGACCUCAUUUAUUGGAGCUUUUUUCGCGAUGCUGGUCUCUGUAUUCUUGCCGUGCAUUUGUUACCUCAAGCUUUUUAGUCAUCGCUUGUCAAAGAUCGAGAUAGCGUUCAAUGCAGGAUUGGCUGGACUUUCCAUCAUCUUGAUGUUUUUUGGUACCCUCGCGUCAUUCUUGUCUCCGGCAGAGUGA